AGCAGGCUUUGUCGUUUUGGGAAAGUUCUAGCUGUCCAAUAUGCCAAGUUACAUGCCUGGCCCUGGUGUCGAUGUGUCCGACCCAGCACUUGGAACAACGAUCAUGGCCGUAGAAUUCGAUGGCGGAGUUGUAUUGGGGGCUGAUUCCAGGACAUCUUCCGGCUCCUACGUGGCCAACCGAGUCUCGGACAAGAUUACCUAUGUUUCGGACAAGAUUUAUGUUUGUCGUUCUGGAUCUGCAGCAGACACCCAGGCAGUAGCCGACAUGAUGAGGAUGUAUCUUGGGAUGCAUAGCCUGGAAAUUGGGAAAGACCCUGAAGUCCCCACCGCGGCAAACAUUUUGAACCAAGUUUGCUACGAGAAUAAGAACUAUCUUAUGGCUGGAAUGAUCUGUGCUGGAUGGGAUGAGAGGAAUGGUGGUGUCGUGUACAGUAUCCCCCUUGGUGGAGGACUUUUCCGUGAGUCUUACACGAUUGGAGGCUCUGGCUCUGGAUACAUUUAUGGCUAUUGUGAUGCUAACUUCCGUAAGGGAAUGAGCAAACAUGAAGCCCAAGAGUUUGUGAAGAAUGCUAUAUCUCUCGCUAUCUGGAGAGACGGAUCAUCUGGAGGAGUUAUUCGUACUGUAACUAUAACCAAGGAUGGUGUUGAGCGUGAAAUGGUUCUCGGUGACAAGCUGCCGCAUUUGGCCAAGGGAUGGUGUCCAUAAACUUUCUUGCAUGAGAUGAAUGAAUUUCUAUGUGUGGAAACUUUAGAUAUAAAGUUUGCAUGACAAAGUG